AUGACACCAACACUCGUCAGCCUCCCAAGCAAGCUCCUCCAGGCCAUCGCGGACCACAUCCCCUCAGAGCCUGAAGUCCGCUGUCUCGCUCAAAGCCACCCUCAACUUGACAGCAUUCUAACACCCUACAUCAGGGCCCGCAAGGACCGCAAGGAGCGCAGUAACCUCCUCAUCUCCGCCAUACAAAAUUCCAAACCGCCCCAACUCUGUCAGCUUCUGCUUCGUGAUGGCGCUGACCCCGAAAUGAGAGUGCGGACUGAACAGGGCAAGACGGCCCUCCACUUUGCUGCUGAGACAGGUCAGACAGUGGUUGCGCGCCUGUUACUGUUGCAUAAACGUAGCCUCUUAAACAUCCGCGACGGGAUCGGGCGGACGCCUCUCAUGUCCGCUGCGGAGGGCGGGCAUGGAGCCGUGGUGCGGACGCUGCUUUCUGCACAGUAUGGGCCUGCAGAUGUGACUCUGCGCAGCUGCAGGAAUCGAAGUGUCCUCUGGUAUGCUGCCAACGGGGGCAAUGUUAAAAUUGUGCAGAUGUUGCUGGAUACCGGGUACCUUGAUCAUAAUGCUGCGGACAAUGACGGGGUGACCCCAUUUGCAUGUGCUACGAGCGAGGGCCAUUCGCUCCGUGGGCAUGCGGAGGUCGUUAAGCUAUUGCUGGCAACAGGCAGGGUGCAAUUUGAUGCAAGAGAUCACCAAGGGAUGACACCAUUAAUGUGGGCAGCCAAAUUUCAACGGACUCCAGUUGUUGAGCUCUUGCUGUCAACCGGCCAGCUGCAGGUUGAUUUUGAUUUGAGCGAGUUGAGGAAGGGACCAAGGCUAUUUGGCCCACCAAAGUUGGAUCAGUCUCUCGUCAAGCUUCUCGAUGCUUACAAGAAACGCGAUGCAUAA